AUACGCUCUCCUCGUCAUGGUGAAGUUCAAAGGUCCGAGCGCUUGUAGGUGUUCAUAAACAACAUCCAAGUAAUGCUGAGAGUAGCUCCAGCUUCACAAACAAACACAAUGGCGCAAGUGGAAGCAAACAAUGUGACUGUUUCUCAGGGCUUUCGGAUGCUGUUCAGUCUGAUGACGCCUGAGGAAUCGUCAUUCGCGACUGUAGAAGAGGUGCCGAAAUAUGUCAAUCAGGCCACGCCAUAUUUCAUUGGCUUGAUAUUAUUGGAGAUUGUGUUGGGCUGGUUAAAGACAGAUGGCCCUCACAUUAAGAUCAACGACUUCAUUACGUCUUUGUCCGCAGGGAUGAUGUCCCGUCUGCCUCAGCUCAUGAUGAGAAGUGUGGAGCUGUCUGCUUAUAUUUAUAUCUGGGACAACUUCCAUUUUUUGGAGCUUCCCUGGGAUUCGGCUUGGACUUGGUGGCUUGCGUUUCUUGGUGUGGACAUGGGAUACUACUGGUUCCAUCGAUUCGCCCAUGAGUUAAACAUCCUCUGGGCGGGCCAUCAGGUUCAUCACAGUUCUGAAUACUACAAUCUGUCGACAGCUCUGCGCCAGUCUGUCACACAGCAGUUUUCCUCAUGGAUAUUUUACUCUCCGUUGGCGCUGCUGAUUCCUCCUUCAGUGUUUGCGGUACAUAUACAGUUCAACCUGCUGUACCAGUUCUGGAUUCAUACUGAGCUGGUCAAAGAUCUUGGACCUCUGGAGUUGAUCCUAAAUACUCCAAGCCACCACAGAGUUCACCACGGGCGAAAUCCAUAUUGCAUUGACAAGAAUUAUGCAGGAAUUCUAAUCAUAUGGGACAGGAUGUUUGGUACAUUUGCUCCAGAAAGUGAUAAAGUUAUCUAUGGACUCACACACCCAAUCGGCACAUUUGAAAUUUGGUCAGUUGAGUUCCUUUAUUAUCCGUACCUGUGGCAAAGGUUCUGGGAAGUUGAAGGGAUUUCAAAUAAGCUGUCAGUCAUUUGGAAAGGGCCAGGCUGGACUCCAGGAAAACCAAGGCUGGGAGACAUCUCUGAUAUACCUCAGAUUACAGGAGAGGAAAAACCCCACGAUCCAGCAUGGUCCCCUGUGAUGCAAGCCUAUGUGAUUCUACAGUUCUUUCUUCUGCUGGAUGUAUAUAACAGCUUGUUAUUGGAUCAGAUGAUACUUUCUGAAUUGACUGUUAUUCUCUUGACUGCAUACGUACUGCUUUCUCUGACCUCUCUGGGCUUCCUGAUUGAUCAGAGGUCUAAUGCAGCCGAACUGGAGAUGCUGAGAUGUGUUUUGAUAAUGCUCCUCCAUCGGUUUGGUUACAUCAAGCCCCUGUUGCCUGCUUUGGCUUUUCCAAUGGAGGCCUUUAUCUUGAUCUCAACAAUCUACUGGAGUCUGCAGUGUGUGAAACAGCGAACAGACAAGAUGAAGAAACAAAACUAAACAAGUGACCACAAACCACUUCAUUUAAAAAAACAAACAAAUACAAAUCAGUGUUCUGUCAGUCUGGCAUUGAUAAAAUGCUCUUCAAAUGAUAUGAAUGAAGAAAUUAACACGAUAAAGACAUUUAUUGUAUGUACAAUAUAGUUUUAGUGCUAAGAAUGGUACUAACCAGUUUAAAGCUAACUUUUUAACCUUAAGCACUUAAGUAAUGCAUGCAGUAGAUAAAUACAGAAGGUACUAACUACGUGCAUAUAAUUUUUUAGACAUUUAUAUACUCGAUUGUUUUUUAAUUUUAAAAAGUAUGUUUUAGAUUAGUUUUUUUCAUACUGAAGGGUACCUAAACUCUUGGUCGACAUGAAUGCCCAACAUGCAUUUGGGUGAAUGUGAUUUUAGUUUAAUAUUUUGUAGCUAUAUGUAUGUUGUGUUUUAGGAACAAUCUGUCUUCCUAGACUUUGAUCUGAAUAAUAAAGUAAUGAAUGGAG